ACACUUAACUAUUUCGCACAGAUCUAUGGCAUGGAUGAGAGCCUUAAAACAAAGCGAAUUAAUUUUCUCAUUAACUUCCUAUCGCUUCCCAAUCCGAACGCUAGAGUCAAGAAUUUGAGUGGUGGCGAACAGAGAAGAGUAUCGCUGGCCGUAGCCAUUGUCCACAGCCCGCCAUUCCUUAUACUCGAUGAGCCGACGGUAGGCGUCGAUCCAAUGCUGAGGGAGAGAGUUUGGCAGCAUUUGGUGCUAUUGGCGAAACAGGAGAAGACCACGAUUUUGAUAACAACUCAUUACGUAGAGGAGGCGCGAAGGGCUCACGUGAUUGCGCUCAUGAGGUCGGGUCGUCUUCUGGUGGAACAGUCGCCGCAAUAUCUUCUCAAUCACUUCGAUGUGAUUACGUUAGAAGAGGUGUUUCUUAACGUGUGUAGGGCUCAGGAGUCGGACUUCAAAGCACAUCCACUGCCAAAGAGUUUCAUUGAGACAAUCGAUGAGAAACAGAUUGAAUUGAAAAGAAGUGAAUCUUUUGUAACGCAAAAAAGUUUGCAUUUGAAUCCCAAUUAUUGGAAACGCGGCAAAAGUCUUGUCAUAAAAGAUUACAGAAGACUCACCAGAAAUCUAUUAAUAUUGUUCUUCCAAAUCCUGAUCCCAACCAUAUCGAUGACACUGUUUUGCUUAUGUGUGGGUCGGGUGCCUCUCAAUCUAAAAGUGGCCGUUUAUAACGAAGAGGUCCUUUUAGGCAGCAAUUUAAGCCAUACGUGUGUUUAUAAUAAUCUGAGCCGUUAUUUCAUUGACGCCAUCGAUAGAGAACACGUCCAAUUGAUUAACUUCAAUACUCGCGACAACGCAUUGAAAUCAGUAGAAACGGGAGAGACCUUCGGGGCGCUGGUCGUCGACCGGGACUUUAGUUACGCGUUGUGUAACCGAAUGAACAACAAGACUAACAUCAAGAAGAGCACCAUUUCCUACUUUGGAGACUUUACUGGUCUUUAA